AGAGGAGGAAGGAGGAGCCGCCGCCGCUGCCGCCGCUGCCCCGGGCCGGCGCCGGGGAUGGUGUUGGCCGCGGCUGCCGGGCCCUGACGCCUCGCUCAGGUGGCAGCAGCAGUGAUGCUAACUCUGGCGAGCAAGCUGAAGCGGGAUGACGGCGUCAGAGGCCCCCGAGCGCCCAGCGCGGCGUCCGACUCCACUCGCAGGGUGUCUGUGCGGGACAAGCUGCUCGUUAAAGAGGUUGCAGACCUUGAAGCUAAUUUACCUUGUACAUGUAAAGUGAAUUUUCCUGACCCAAACAAGCUCCAUUACUUUCAGCUAACUGUGACCCCAGAUGAGGGCUAUUACCAAGGAGGAAAGUUUCAGUUUGAAACUGAAGUUCCUGAUGCCUACAAUAUGGUGCCUCCAAAGGUAAAAUGUUUGACAAGAAUCUGGCACCCAAACAUUACAGAGACAGGAGAAAUCUGCCUAAGUUUAUUGAGAGAACACUCAAUUGAUGGCACUGGCUGGGCCCCAACUAGAACCUUAAAGGAUAUUGUCUGGGGGUUAAACUCUUUAUUUACUGAUCUUUUGAAUUUUGACGAUCCUUUGAAUAUUGAGGCUGCAGAGCAUCAUUUGCGUGACAAGGAGGACUUUCGGAAUAAAGUGGAAGAUUACAUUAAGCGCUACGCCAGAUGAUGAAGGGAUGGAUGGAUGGCAGGACCACGGCUCCAGAGCUGUCCUUAACCUCAGCAGCAGCCAAAGCAGCCUGGCUUGUACCAGUCCUGUGUCCACGUUGUUCUGAAGAAGAAAACUAACUUCAUAACCUGUCCAUGUUCAAAGGAGAGUUCAGCAUAAAUACAGCAAGAAAUUGUGUCUGUUGGUUGAAAAAGUUGUCUGCUUCCUUUUACAAAUGUUUACUCUUCUGAACUGUACUGUAUAUCCUGUUGAUGAGGUAUGCUUGAGAAGUUAAAAGAAGUCACUAUUGAAAUUGUAAUUACACUUUUUUUUUUUAAAACUUUUGCCUAAUCUGGAGGGGGGGAAAGGAAAAAAGCAAACCCAAACAGCCCAAGCAGAAAAGGUUUUUGGAACACUUUGAGUUGGCAAUAAAUGGUCUCCUGUGAACCAAA